AUGCCAGGCUGUACCUCAACUUUCCGUGAUGACAAGCUGGAAGGCUAUAUAAGUCACUACACGAAAUGGCACGGCAUUGAUGGCCAGCAGACAAUUGAUCAGGGCCGACUCAAGGAGUAUUUUAACAUGAAAAAAAGGGAACAUCGCAACAACAUCCGCCCAGAUCUCUGUACUAUACGUAAUCCGAAGAGUGCCACCACUUUUCUGGAUGCUUCCGGUAAUUGGCAUCUGAAUCCUGGAGAGGACGACACCUCACCUUCGAGUCUCACGCAAGGAGACAAUGUCGCUAGCUACGGGCUUGGGCAGAAACACCCCUCUCAUGCAACUGGAUCAAGCCUUAGCGGAAGGGUAUCAGAAUUGAAGCAGGAACUGUCUCAUAAGUGCCAAUAUAUUGACUACCUCAAGAAUUCCGUCCUCAAAGCCGAGCGUGACAAAGAAGGCUUGGAACGGAAGAUCAAGCUCCUUGAGUAA